AUGGCAGAUUUCAACCUCACUAACUUUGACCCAUCAACAUUCAUCCUAAUGGGCAUCCCUGGCCUAGAAGCUGCUCACAUUUGGAUUUCCAUCCCUUUCUCUAUGCUGUACAUAAUCGGCCUGUUGGGAAAUUUCAUGGUUCUGUUUGUUGUAGGGAAAGAGCAGACCCUGCACAAGCCGAUGUACCUGCUACUCUGCAUGCUGGCGCUCACAGACAUUUGCUCGUCUACCUCCGUCAUGCUGAUGGCACUAUGUAUAUUUUGGUUCAAUUUGAAAGGCAUUACUGUGGGUGGCUGCUUCACCCAGAUGUUCUUCAUUCACAUGUUUCCUGUUAUGCAGUCAGCCGUCUUCGUGGCAAUGGCCUUUGAUCGCUAUGUUGCCAUAUGUAACCCUCUGAGAUACGCCACCGUCCUCACCAAAGCACGAAUAGCAAAGCUGGGGCUUGUAGGUUUGAUAAGAGCUGUUCUCAUCGUACUGCCCAUGCCCCUUCUCCUGAGCAGGCAGCCAUUCUGUGCCAACCACAUUAUCCCCCACACGUACUGUGAGCAUAUAACUGUGGUGAAGAUGGCAUGUGUGGACGCCACUGUCAACAGGACAUAUGGCUUGGUGAUGGCAUUUGUAGUCUCUGGGUUAGAUCUGACACUGGUUGUCCUGUCCUACAGUCUGAUCAUCAGGGCCAUCCUCAGAAUCUCCUCCAAGAAAGCUUAUGAGAAAGCCCUGAACACCUGCACAGCCCACCUCUGUGUGAUGCUGACAUCUUUUACUCUCUUCUUUUUCUCUGCUCUGACACACCGGUUUGGUCAGCAUAUCAGUCUCCAUGUUCGCAUCAUCUUGGCCAAUCUCUUCUUCCUCCUCCCCCCCAUAUUCAACUCAUUUAUUUAUGGGGUCAAAAUCCAAGAGCUUCGUGACAAAGUGGUCAAAUACACCUGCAGAAAGGGCCUCAGACUUUAA